GGUACUAACGUAGUAUUGUAGCCCCCGAGUGGCUCAGAGGUGUAUAUAAAUAUAAAUUUAUAAGUCAAAAACGAACUAUUGGAACAGUGACGAGUGAGACCGAGAGAUACACUAUUUCAAAAUAAGAUGGCGAAAAGUUUUCUUUUAACUUAUCUAAUUGCUUUAGUUGUAUUUGGUGUGGAUGCAAGAAGAAAUAUAGCGGUAUUAAAAUGCGGUAAUUCACGAAUCGGAGUGGUGGAUGUGAACGAGGACAAUACCCUGGAGGUGCCCGCGUCCUGCUCUAAAGGACAAGUCCAGUGGCACUACCCUGACCCCGCCUCACGGCUGAACCUACAGUUUCAGAGGCCACACCCCUCCUACUGCUUCACCAGCCGAUACCCGCGCUCUUUUGCAAAGUAUUCUGUGAUUGAAGACUAUGUUCCCAUGAUGCCAUACAGAGAUAACGAACAAUGUAUUUCUACCUCCUAUGUCCAGCUGGCCGUAGCAACCACGCGCAGAACAUACGUGAUUUUUGCUGAUUUCGAGCUGGAGCCCUGAGGAAUGGACACAUCUUAUUUGAUAUAUAAACUUGUUUUGAAAUCCAGUAUGAAAUCCACACUUAUUUUGUACAUGAAGAACUUAUUUGUAUGUUUUUAAACGAUACUUUUUUUUGUUUACAUUUUUACAUAUAAAAUCGAUUUUUAUAUAUGUAUACUUUGCAAUUUUGUGAUUGUUCAAUAAAAGUAUCAUUAAUGUA